CCGCACCUCCACUGUCCGGAGCAGUUCGCGAUCUUCUCAGGCCCUCCAGCCCCUUUCAGCGCCUUCGGUCCCACCCCGCAUCCCUUGGCAUCCAGUCCUCGCUCGCGGCCGACGCCUCAGCCAAUCCGCGUGCUGCAUCCCGACCCCGCGGGCACCCGCGCCCAGACCCCGCCCCCACGCCCGAAUCCUGACCCAUCCGGCCCUGAAGCGCAGGCGUGACCCGAGACGGGGGGGGGCGACACUGGCUCUCGCGUAGGAGGUGAGUGGGGUGUCAGGGGGGCGCUCCGGGUCCCGGCGCGCGGAGUCGUGUGGAGCGAGGCCGGGAGGGAGGCGGCCGGAGUCGAGCUCCCGGCGAGCCGGAGAGGCCGACUGGAUCUCCUUCAGGACCGGGACUAGCGUUUGGGAGCAGGCAGCGUGACCCGGGGCUGGGUCCCUUGACCCGCACUCUGGCGCUGCGGGGCGCCCGCGCUGGCGUUGUUUCCUCUGGAGAGGUGGCUGGCUUGGCAGGUGGGGCCCCAGCACCCCGGUCACCCCCCCCCAAAAAAAAGCCUUUUUGCCCCUUUUGCUCUUGAUUUUACAACUUUGGCAUUUUGAAAACACCGACAACAGUUCAUCCAAAACCGGGAUUCCUAACUGGAAAGGAAACGAAGGCUGUUCACUUGCCGUCAUGUUUUUGGCCCAGAGGAGACUUUGCUCCUUGAAAGUAGAGCAAAAUUCCUGAAGACAAUUUAUUCUUCAAAAAUCCUCGGACUCCCUACUUCUGCUAAAAUGUCUUUGAAAAUCACCAAUGCAAAACGAAUUGAAGGCCUUGAUAGUAAUGUGUGGAUUGAAUUUACCAAGUUGGCCGCAGACCCCUCUGUUGUGAAUCUUGGCCAAGGCCUUCCAGAUAUAUCCCCUCCUAUAUAUGUAAAGGAAGAAUUAUCAAAGAUUGCAGCAAUCGAUAGCCUGAACCAGUAUACACGAGGCUUUGGUCAUCCAUCGCUUGUGAAAGCUCUAUCCUGCUUAUAUGAAAAAAUUUAUCAAAAGCAAAUCAAUCCAAAUAAAGAAAUCCUUGUGACAGUAGGAGCAUAUGGAUCUCUUUUUAAUACCAUUCAAGGAUUAAUUGAUGAGGGAGAUGAAGUCAUAGUAAUAGUACCUUUCUAUGACUGCUACGAGCCCAUGGUGAGAAUGGCUGGAGCAACACCUGUUUUUAUUCCCCUAAGACCAAAACCUGUCGAUGGGAAAAAAUGGUCUAGUUCUGACUGGACAUUGGAUCCUCAAGAACUGGCAAGUAAGUUUAACUCCAAAACCAAAGCGAUUAUACUGAAUACUCCACAUAACCCCAUUGGCAAGGUAUAUACCAAAGAAGAACUCCAAGUAAUUGCUGACCUUUGCAUCAAAUAUGACACACUCUGCAUCAGUGAUGAGGUUUAUGAAUGGCUUGUAUAUACUGGAAAUAAACAUGUAAAAAUAGCUACUUUUCCAGGUAUGUGGGAGAGAACAAUAACGAUAGGAAGUGCCGGAAAGACUUUCAGUGUAACUGGCUGGAAGCUUGGCUGGUCCAUUGGUCCUAAUCAUUUGAUAAAACAUUUACAGACAGUUCAACAAAACACUGUUUAUACUUGUGCUACACCUUUACAGGAAGCCUUGGCUCAAGCUUUUUGGAUUGACAUCAAGCGCAUGGAUGACCCAGAGUGUUACUUUAAUUCUUUGCCAAAAGAGUUAGAAGUAAAAAGAGAUCGGAUGAUACAUUUACUUGAAAGUCUUGGCCUAAAACCCAUAGUUCCUGAUGGGGGAUACUUCAUCAUUGCUGAUGUGUCUUUGCUAGAUGCAGACCUCUCUGAUAUGAAGGACAGCAAUGAACCUUAUGACUAUAAAUUUGUGAAAUGGAUGACUAAAAAUAAGAAACUGUCAGCCAUUCCAGUUUCCGCAUUCUGUAACACAGAGACCAAAUUACAGUUUGAGAAGUUUGUGCGAUUUUGCUUCAUUAAAAAAGACAGUACACUGGAUGCUGCUGAAGAAAUCAUUAAGGGAUGGAAUAGACAGAAGUCUUGAUACGUGCAGACUGUUUCUACUAGAUGACCGAAUAUGUAAUUAUUAUUUAGUGCUGCCAUCUGCUGGAUAUUGAAAAACAAAUAUUUCAGUACAAAUGAAAUUUGAAGAAAAUUUUCCAAAUGUUAACCCUACUGGGUUGUUUUGUUUGUUUUGUUUUUCAGUUGAAAUGUAUGGAAACACCUUCCAUAACCAUUUUAUGAGAAGGAGUAUAGCAUUUGGCUUAAGAAUUGUGAGAAGCUGGUUGGUGUUUAACCUCUCAUUGCUUCAGUUUCCUCAUCAUAAAAGGGGAAUAAAAUAUAGCACCUACUUUAGGAUGCCUGGCUGGCUCGGUUGGUAGAGCAUGCAACUCUUGAUCUGGGGUCAUGAGUUUGAGCCCCACGUUGGGCAUGGAGCCUGUGCCAAAAAAACCCCAAAACAACAGCACUUAUUUUAGAUGAAGUUUGUGAGGAUAAAAUAGAUUGAUAUAUGUAAAGCCUCAAUAAACACUCAACUAAUGUUAGCCGGUUUCAUGACUCCACCUUGUAUAAAAACUCUUAGCCAGUUAUACCCCCUCAACUCCAUGUCCUUGCUUUAUCUACCCACACGUAGUUCUCUCCCUUUCAUUUACCAGUGGCUUUGAACUUUGCUCCCAAUUUUGCUUCUCUGUCACAAAUACUGCCAUCAUCUGGAGUAGCUUCAAGGUUCACAGGGAUUGCCUAGGCCUUCAGCACUUUGACCUACUCACCUUUAGUGAUGUUCACCUUCACUCCACACUCCAGCCACUUACCCUCUUGGGCACACCCUGAACCUUUCAUCAUUUAAAGCUGUGCCACCUUUGAGAUAAUAAGUUAGUCAUCUCACACUGUAACCACCUAUCCUAAUAGUAUUCUCUCUGUGUGUCUCAUCUGCUCUUAAAAUACCACUUUUUAAAACUCACUAUAAUUUUAAAUCCACUAUUUCUCAAAAAGAAAAAAAGGGUUUAUGGCACUCUUAUAGCAGAAUCACAAUCAAUCUAUGAGAAUAGAUUUCUCAUCUUCACUCUAGACCUGCUGAAAAUAAUUUCAGGAUCUGGCCUUUCCAAGCUGAUUUUUAUACCCGCUGGAUUUUGAUAAUCAUUGCUGUAGUCCACGGAGCCUUUUAUUCCUAUUGGUUGGUCCCCUUAUAUCUUCCUCACCCAGCUUAGAUUUCAUCAUCUGUCACUUCAGCCAAGAUACUUUUGCUGCCUUAAAUAACUUGCCCAUUGUUCUAUCUCACCUAUCCGGUCAAAAAACAAAAACAAAACCACCCUAAAACUCCACCUUGGGAUUGAAGUUCCAUGCUUACACCUGGGUUGCUGAGCACUGCUGUAGCAAAAUGAACAAUUAUGCACACAGCAACAACCAUGAAUGCACAUCAUUGACCUUAACUAGAUUUUAUCCCUCCAUGAUACCUUAAUGAGCUUUUUCUACCUUUUACCACAGUAGCAAUUCCUAAUAGUCUCCCAUUCUCCACAAUAAAAAUAUCCAACCUCCUUUCUCUUCACACCUCAAAGCCGAACACUACCAGCGCACUGAAAUCACAGCUAAUAACCUCAUCUCCCACUUCUGUGAAAAACAAAACAAAACAACAUGUAAAAGCAGAAACUAACAGACGAGCACUCCUAACUGGGAUCCUACCAAAAGGUCCAUGACCUAUCUGCAUCAGCAUUCAUCCUUAAUUCAUUUCAUCCAGGAGAGGUGAGGCAGAUUGGGGAGGGUUGGUAGGAAGGCAAAACCAGGUCCAGUCAUGCAGAAGGAAACCUAGGGCCUCAGGAGCCAACUACUGCAUAGCAAUAUGAAUCCCAUGUGUAAUUUUUAGCCUGUCCACUCUUGUAGGCUUGAUACAGUUUCAUUAGGGUUUAAAUCUGCUCUUUGCAGACCUGGGCUUGUCCAGUGCUGAUCCUACCAUCUGUGCUCUGCAUCCCAUUUCUUCUCGCAUUCUCACUUGGUUCUGUCCAUUCUCUUGUAUAUUCAGCCUCUACUGGCUCCCAUCCUCAGCAGUGAGACAUGUCCAAAUUUCUCUCCUAUUAGAAAACUCCUUGGGGCGCCUGGGUGGCUCAGUCAGUUGGGCGUCGACUUUGGCUCAGGUCAUGAAAUCACGGUGUGUGGGUUCGAGCCCCGUGUCAGGCUCUGUGCUGACAGCUCAGAACCUGGAGCCUGCUUCAGAUUCUGUGUCUCCCUCUCUCUCUGCCCCUCCCCCGUUCAUGCUCUGUCUCUGUCUCAAAAAUAAAUAAAUAAACAUUAAAAAAAAUUUUUUUUUAAAAAAGAAAACUCCCUGAUGCUAUCUACUACCCUAUUACCUCUUCCACUUCAGGGCAAAAUUUCUUCCUUCCAUCUUUCCUUCCUCCCUCUUCCCUUCCUUCCUUUUUUGUUCCUUUAACAAAUACUCAUUGAAAAAAACCCACCAAAUCAAAUAUAAGAGUUCAUUGAACUCAUGCUAUGUACCAGACACUAUUAUAGGCACUUACACUGAACACAUAAACAAAAAUCCCUGCCUUCCAGGGCUUUCCUUCUGGCGAGGGGUGUGAGAAUAAUUCAUAAACAUAAUGAAAUAUAUUGAAUGUUAAACUUUUUUAUGUUAUUAAGUUUUUUGUUUUAAUUUCAGUAUAGUUAACACACAAGCUAUAUUAGUUUCAGGUAUACAAAACACUGAUUCAACAAUUUUAUACAUUACUCAGUGCUCAUGAUGAUAAGUGUACUCUUUAAUCCCUAUUUCACCCAUCCUCCCACUGACCUCCCCUCUGGUAACCAUCAGUUUGUUCUCUAUAGUUAAGAGUCUCUUAAUUGGUUUGUCUCCCUUUUUCUUUCCUUUUGUUCAUUUGUUCUGUUUCUUAAAUUUCAUAUAUGAUGAAAUCAUAUGGUAUUUGUUUUUGACUUAUUUCGCUUAGCAUUAUAUUCUCUAGCUCCAUCCAUGUUGCAAAUGGCAAGAUUUCAUUCUUUUUUAUGGCUGAAUAACACUCCAUUGUAUGUAUAUACCACAUCUUUAUCCACUCAUCAAUUGAUGGAUACUUGGGCUGCUUUCAUAAUUUGGCUAUUGUAAAUAAUGCUGCAAUAAUUAUAUAUCUGUUUGAAUUAGUGUUUUUGUAUUCUUUGGGUAAACACCCAGUAGUGUGAUUUCUGGAUUGUGGGGUAGUUCUGUUUUUAAUUUUUUUGAGGAAUCUCCAUACUGUUUUCCACAGUGGCUGCACCAGUUUGCAUUCCCACCAACAAUGCACAGUUUCCUUUUGUUCCACAUCCUCACCAACACUUGUUUCUUGUGUUUUACUUUAGCCAUUCUAACAGAUGUGAGGUGAUAUCUCAAAUGUGGUUUUGAUUUGCAUUUCUCUGAUAAUGAGUGAUGUUGAGCAUCUUUUCAUGUCUGUUGGCUAUCUGUAUGUCUUCUUUAGAAAAAUGGCUGUAUGUUUUCUGCCCAUUUUUUAACUGGAUUAUCUGAUUUUUGGAUAUUGAGUUUUAUUUUAGACGAGUGCAUGAGCGGGGGAAGGGCAGAGGCAGAGGAAGAGAGAGAGAAUCUUAAGCAGGCUCCACACACAGCGUGGAGCCCAAUGCCAGGCUUGAUCACACAACCCUGUGAUCAUGACCUGAGCCAAAACCAAGAGUUGGACGCUUAACCAACCGAGUGACCCAGGCACCCCUGGGUGUUCAGUUUUAUAAGUUCUUGAUAUAUUUUAGAUUCUAACUCUUACUAGAUAUGUCAUUUGCAAACAUCUCCCAUUCAGGAGGUUCUUUUAGUUAGGUUGAUCGUUUCCUUUGCUGUGCAGAACCUAUUUUGAUGUAAUCUCAGUAGUUUAUUUUUGCUUUUAUCUCCCUUGUCUCAGGAGACCUAUCUAGAAAAAUGUUGCUAUGGUCACUGUCAGAGAAAUUACUCUCCGUGCUCUCUUCUAGGAUUUUUUAUGGUUUCAAGUCUCACAUUUAGGUUAUUUAAUCCAUCGUGAGUUUAUUUUUGUGUAUGGUAUAAGUAAGUGGUCCAGUUUCAUUCUUUUGCAUAUAGCUGUCCAGUUUUCCCAGCACCAUUUGUUGAAGAAACUGUCUUUUUCCCAUAGCAUAUUCUUGCCUUUUUUGUUGAAGAUUAAUUGGCCAUAUAAUCAUAGGUUUGUUUCUUGGCUUUCUAUCCUGUUCCACUGAUGCGUGUGUCUAUUUUUGUGCCAGUACCAUACUGUUUUGAUUACUAUAGUUCUGUAGUAUAACUUGAAAUCUGAAAUUGCAAUACCUCCAGCUUUGUUUUCCUAUUUCAAGAUUGUUUUGGCUUUUGAGGGUCUCUUGUGGUUCCAUACAAAUUUUAGGAUUAUUUGUUCCAGUACUGUGAAAAAUGCUGUUGGUAUUUUGAUAGGGAUUGCAUUAAAUCUGUAGAUUGCCUUAGGUAGUAUGGACAUUUUAAUGAUAUUUGUUCUUUCAAUCCAUGAGCAUGGUAUACCUUUCCGUUUGUUUGUGUCAUCUUCAGUUUUUUUCAUCAGUGUUUUGUAGUUUUCAGAGUAGAGGUCUUUUUCCUCCUUGUUUAAGUUUAUUGCUAGAUUUUUUUAUCCUUUUUGGUGCAAUUGCAAAUGGGGUUGCUUUCUUAAUUUCUCUUUCUGUUGUUUUAUUAUUAGUAUAGAAAUGCAGUGGAUUUCUGUACAUUUUGUAUCUUGUGAUCUUACCGAAUGUUAAACUUAUAUAUGGAAAUUGUUUGAAGAAAAGAGAAGCAGAGCAAGAUAGAGGAGAAUGAGAGUGUUAUGAAGCAAAUUGAGGUGUUAAACACUUAGCCAGGUAGGUCUCAUGGAGGGAACAUGGAGACAGACUUAGAGGAGGGGAGGGAGGGAACCUUGUGGAGAUCUUGGGAAAGAAUACUCUAGCCAGAAGGAAUAGCCAGUACAAAGGCACUUUGACAGGAAGGUGUACUCAGCAUGUUUGAUGAGUACCAAGAGUCUGGUAUGGCUGGAUGUAAUAAGCGAGGGACAAAGUAGCAAGUGUGAGGUCAGCGAAGUAACAUAGUGUAAGGAUAAUGGUUUAAUCCAGAGAAUCAGGGUUCUAUCUAUACUUAAUUUUUAACAUGAUAAAAUAAUGUGUACUGCAGCACUGUGAGACAUAAGUGAAAUUAGAAAACCUUAUUUGUCUAAUCCUAACCUGUGUAAAUACCUGUGUUUUCUUUGGAAACUUCUGAAGCAUCUUUUUCAAUGUUGUCUUUCUGAGCCACUUUUACUUUACUUUCCAUCUGGGAUUUAGGUGUUCUGCAUCUUCAGAGCUACUUCCCUUCCUCUUCCCUUUUCUGACUGAAGGUAAACUGGAUAUUUCAGCUUUUUCCCAUUUUUUUUCUUUUCCUUUGAGAGUGGCUUUUAGGGUUUAGUAAUCUGUACUUCAGAGCCCUCAGAUGUGGUCCUGGAUCUUCUCAUUUUACAGAUGCUCCCCUUGCUUGUGCCCAUUGGCUCUUUUUGAUCUGGAUAUUGUCUUCCUUCUUCAUUCUGCCUUUCUGCUUUUUCUUUUUUCUGUAACUUCUGUUCUUCUGUAACAAUGCUAUGAUUAGUUUUUAUUUCACUUCAACGACAUCUACAUGCAUUUUAAUGUUAAAUAAUGUGCCAACCACUAUAAGGGCAUGAAUGAGCUUAUUUUUUUAUCGUCUCAGGAAAUAAACCAGGUUUUCUUGGUGCUUCCUCUGGUAGGUUGUUCAGAAACUGAAAUAACAUCAGUAAAAAAAAAAAAAGUUGGUUA